AUGAUAGAAACCUUACUAGAAGGCUGCACUCGUUUGCAAUUCGCUGUCGAUAUCCAUUUGCAAGAAAAUAUUCGCAGCGAAAACGACAUGGCAACUUGGAAGGCUACUAAUGUCAAGAUUGGGCGCAACAGUGUCAAGAGCCUCAAAGUUAUUAAUGAUUGCAAAUCCAAUUUGCUUGGAUUCUUUGUGCACAAGUACCCCAAUAUGAAGAGCAUCCUUAUUAAAGCAGGACAGACCAUGUCUAGUACGAGAGAAGACAUGAAGCGUACAGUUACUGCGAUUAAACGAAUAUCCGCAUGCAAAGUGAAGCUUCUUGUCAACGAAGAUGCUUUGUUGCCUGCCAUGAAACAGCUUUUUUCGGUAGAUGUGAAAUUUACGUUCAAGGAGCAGAAUGAAGACGAAUUCUGCAUUGAGAUCAGCUCGCCUUGA